AUGCGUGUUUGUGCGCUUCGGUCAGCGCCGGUCGACACGGGGAUCAUUUGCGUCCUCGGUGUAGGUUUCAUCUUAUCUUUCAGGAUUGCUUUGUAUUGUAAGCCGGAGGACCACAGUCGCAGUGCACUCAUCCCUGUUGGACACAGGGCAACUGAAGUCGGGAGUUCUACAACUACAAAAAAACCUACUCUGCGGGAAGACACGGGCCUACUCUUGGGCCCAGUCUGGGCAGUGAGCACCGUGUAUCUCGGCUUGGAUCCUCAAGCCGGGACAUUGGUCGCGAAUCAUGAUAAACUGGCUAUGUGA